AUGGCUCUGAAACGGUCCUUGUUCAAGGCCCUCCUGGUCCUCUACCUGUACCUCAACUUGGAGUUUCACCCCAGCCUUCCCCAAGAGACCAACUCCGACAAGAGUGCCGAGGACCCCACCAUCUACAGCCGCAUCCUGGACAAGCUCCUGAAGGGCUACGACAACAGGCUGCGUCCCGGCUUCGGAGGGGGGCCCACCGUGGUGCAGACCGACAUCUACGUGACCAGCAUCGGCCCGGUGUCCGACAAGAAGAUGGAAUACACCAUAGACAUAUUCUUCCGCCAAAGCUGGAAGGACGAGCGGCUCAAGUUCAAGGGGCCCGUCCGCCGCCUGUCGCUCAACAACCUGCUGGCCAGCAAGAUCUGGACGCCGGACACCUACUUUCACAACAGCAAGAAGUCCAUCACGCACAACAUAACCACGCCCAACAAGCUGCUGCGGCUGGAUGACGACGGGACCCUGCUCUACACCAUGCGCCUCACCAUCUCCGCCGACUGCCCCAUGAAGCUCCACAACUUCCCCAUGGACGAGCACACGUGCCCCCUGACCUUCGGCAGCUACGCGUACACCGCGGACGAAGUCACCUACGUGUGGACCAACAAGACGAACAUCACUGGGCUGGCGGUGGCCAAGGACGCCUCCCGGCUGACCCAGUACUACCUGACAAACAACUCGACUCGCAAGGGCAACCGCACCACCAGCGCAGGCAAUUUCACCGUCAUGACCGCGGAAUUCCAGCUGCAGAGGAAGCUGGGCUACUUCGUCGUCCAGAACUACCUGCCCUGCAUCAUGACCGUGGUCCUGUCCCACCUGUCCUUCUGGCUGAACCGGGAGGCCGUCCCGGCGCGCACCGUGUUCGGGGUGACCACGGUGCUGACCAUGACCACCAUGGGCAUCAAUGCCCGGAGCAUGCUGCCCGAGGUGUCCUACGCCACCGCCUUGGACUGGUUCAUGGCCGUGUCUUACCUCUUCGUGUUCGCCGCGCUCCUCGAGUUUGCCGCCGUCAACGGUUUCACCAAGAGGAGCUGGGCCUGGGAUGGCAAGGGCAGCGCGGGCCGGAUGAAGCACAAGAAGCAGCAGCGCCUCUUAGGCCGGAGAAGGCUGUUCACCACCUCGAGGAGGAGGAGCCACUCGCCCGGCACCCCAGGGGAGCACAUCCCGAUGCAGAGUCUCCAUCGGGGUGAGGAGGUCCGCCUGCGGAUCCCCGGGCCCCAGGCCGCCACCUCGUCCCCAAUCUCCAGGCGCCGGCCAGUCCCUCCCGAGGACCAGGAGUCCCCCGAGAUGAAGACGUACAACAGCGAAAGCAAGAUCGACCAGAUGUCCCGAAUCCUGUUCCCGGUCGCAUUCAUCAUUUUCAACCUGAUUUACUGGUGGCUUUAUUUGUAAGAAAGGAGAUGUAGGGCUACCCACCACCACCCCAGUCAGGCUCCUCCCCGACCCCCCAAACCAGCCUCCUCACCCCCAAACCCGAGAGCCAUAGUUUCCGAGGAAUGGUUCCCCAGAAGGGCUAAUCUUAGAGGGACUUUCCAUCCUAGGAUACCAUCUUUCAGGAAAUUCUUGCAUGUUUAAUAAUGCAUACGAACGCUAUUUGUUGCCUUGGUGUUUCUACACACCACGUCAGAUGAAUCGAAGAUGUCACAUUGAUACAUGAGAAACGAAGAUCUUUCUAGAAAAGCCAGGACGGCUCUGACAUGCGUUAUGUCUGACACUGAUUGUUUACAAGCAAGAGAAGUCUACUUUGUCCCUGUUCCAAGGGUGACCUGACAAUGCAAUGUUUUUAUACGUCCAACGUCAUUUCAUACGAAAUUUCCC